CGCGAGGACAGCAAUCAGCUGAUCUUCCCCCGACAGGAGGGCGACUGCAUGUCAUUAAAAGGCAUUUACAUGUGUCAUUAAGCAGCAUUUUCAUGUGUCAUUAGGCCUCAAAAUGGGUUCAGCAGAAGGGGGAAGUGGGAGUGAGCGAUGGUGGGAAAGCCCCACACUCACACAGGCUGAUCUCCGCCAGUAUGGGGAAUCUUGGAGCUUGGCUGCAGAUGCUGCAACUGCCACAUUGCUUCAGAGUAUAUCACAGCGACUGGUGUCAAGAACACAUGAAGUUGAAGGUGCUCUAAAGAAAGUGCUGGACGAGACGGAUUCUGUACUGACUGCAAUUUCCAACACCAAUAAUUCCUUUCACCAACUGGCCAAUACUCAGUUCAUUGAAAAUCGAACAUAUCAGGAUGACGCUGAUGUAGCUAGGGAUGAACCAGACAAGCAGGAAAAGUCACCACCAACAGAGGAGGAAGUGAUUGCAAGAUGUAGGUCAGCCAUUGCUGAGGGUUUAUCUCUUGUGAGCAGGAGUUAUGAGCGGCAUGAAAUUCAGGACUCAGAUUCCGAUGAUGAAGAUAGCCCAAGCAGUCCUGUUCCUGUGUAUGCUCUCAUCAAUCCUUAUGAAGUAAAGCCAUUGCCACACAUCAUUGGUACAGCCAUGUUCAUGGAAGAUGAUAAACUAGGAUUACAGGAGUCUUCCAGUGAAGACAGCUCCAAGGUUACAUUUAGUCCAGAGGACACAGACACAGAGGAAGACUUGGACAUGGAAGAUGAAACUGAUAUAAACCAGAAACACAAGCCAAUUCCAGCAAGCAGCUCAAGAUUGAUGGUAAAGUUUAUGAAAUUAUUUGAGGCCAUGAGCUGUUUGCUCUUUACAACUGACUUCUGGAAUGAGAGAAGAAUAGACACUUUAUCCUUUAACACCAACAGAGGAGGAAGUGAUUGCAAGAUGAGUUAUGAGCGGCAUGAAAUUCAGGACUCAGAUUCCGAUGAUGAAGAUAGCCCAAGCAGUGCCAUCUGUGACUCAGACCACCACAGCCAUAUCAUGUCAUCUGCAAUCAAAGGUCCUGUUCCUGUGUAUGCUCUCAUCAAUCCUUAUGAAGUAAAGCCAUUGCCACACAUCAUUGGUACAGCCAUGUUCAUGGAAGAUGAUAAACUAGGAUUACAGGAGUCUUCCAGUGAAGACAGCUCCAAGGUUACAUUUAGUCCAGAGGACACAGACACAGAGGAAGACUUGGACAUGGAAGAUGAAACUGAUAUAAACCAGAAACACAAGCCAAUUCCAGCAAGCAGCUCAAGAUUGAUGGAUGAUAGUGAUUCAGACUGGUCAGAUGAGCCAAUCAGAACCUCAAAUAAAAACCCACAGCCACCAAACAUGACCAGUGAAGAAGAUGAUGAUGAUGAUGAUGAUUUCUUUGGACCAUCCUCUAAAAGCUUCAAGCAAGUUAACAAUGGAUCAAAUUUAUCUUCAGAACUUAAUAAAAAGCUUCAAAAUGCCACAGGAACUUCUCAGAGAGUCAGUGAAAUGGAUUCAGACACUGAUGAAGACGGAGAUUUGUUUAGCCGUAGACCAGAUCCUCUGGCAUCUUCAAAUAGCACAGCUCCUUCUUCAACAGCACCUGUUUCCAAACCUCCGUCACUUGGGGUGGAAAAUGUGAGAGCCAUGCCAGAUCCUACAGGUGUGCGGUUGCCAGCUGCAUCCGGCCGCCUAAAGAAGAGUGAGGGAAAUCUGUUUGCCAGUGACAGUGAGGAUGAAGGGGACCUGUUUGGACCAAAACCUCAGCCUUCUGGUAAUAGUAAAAGUGUUGCCAAGGGACCAAGCUCAGUGAAGGCUAGUAAUCAGGCGUCCCAAAGACCAGCAAAGCCGCCAAGCCAAGCACCCGCGAGCAGUCUGUUUUCUAGUGACGGGGAUGAUGAAGAAGAUGGGGGAUUGUUUGGCUCAAAACCAACAUUGAUAAAAGGCACAGUUCAAAAUGAUUCUGAGGAUGAGAGACAGAGAGAGGAACCUCCUCCACUACCAAAUGAAAAAAAGGUUCCAGUUGGUGGCAUCAGCAUUUUUGGAUCAGCCAUUACAUCUGCCAUUCGUCGCCAGCAGUCAUCUGAUUCUGAACAGUCAGAAAAGGAUGAUUCUGACUGGAAUGGUAGUAGAAAGUCCUCCAUUUCUACUCCCAAGCUGACUAAGCCUGCAAGCAAGCCAGAAUCACCUAUAGUACAAACAACAGCAACAGUAAAAGUUGCACCUCCUGCUUCAAGAGGAGGAGGAGGUGGUGGUCUCUUUGAUUAUGAUGAUGAUGAUGAUCUGUUUGGAAGUGUUGUAAAAAAGAACACAAUAUUACCAGAGAAAACACAAACUGAUAGCAGGGAGGAAAAACCUGUUCCAAUAGCUGGUACAGCUACAGCUAGCAUCCAGAAAGAAAUGCCAAAAAGAGGCCUAUUCUCUGAUGAUGAUGAUGAUGACUUGUUUAGCAUACCUGGUAAAACUGAGAAGAAACCUACCAUCCCCCCAACAGCAUCUGUAACUGAGAAGCACCUCACUGGAAAGGCAGUGUCAGGAUCCAGUUCUUUAUUCAGUGACCCAGAAGAAGAUGGACUUUUUGGUGCAGUAGUUUCUUCAAAACCUAAUGUAUCUCAAGAACAGACAAAGUCAACAAAUCCAGUAAAGGUACCUAAUAUCUCUCAGAAGAAUAGUUCCCUGUUUAGCUCUCCAAGUGAUGAGGAUGACUUGUUUUCUGCUCCAAUAAAUUCUCAAGUGUCAAAGGCACCAAUGGCCUCCACAUUGGAGCCUCCACCCAUCACAUCCUCAGCAGCUUCUAAGAUGGAUGUUAUAAAUGACCUCUUUGGGUCUCCCACAAGUGAAGAUAGUCUAUUCACAUCUAAUGCUUCCACAUCUUCUAAGACAAAUACAUCUUUACAAAAGGAUAAAAAGACUGUAAUUGGUCAGGAACACAGUCGUCAACCAGAAAAAACUGAAUCAAAGGCUCAGGUUCCAUCAGCAACCAGUAGUAUCUUCCAUUCGCAAUCUGAUGAUGAUGAUCUUUUUGCAGUCCCAAAGAGUACAUUGAAAGGUACAUCUGAGCUAGGGGUUGCCCAUAAGGAAAAUCUAACAUCAUCUGCCUUCAAAACAACACAGAAUUCAUUAACUCCAAGUGCAGAUGCUGAUAUAUUUGGGUCACCAGAAGAUGACUUGUUUGUAGAAAAAGUAAAGUCAGAAGUGAUUGAGCCCAUGAAAAAAGCUUCAGGAUCAAUAAGCUCCCAACAAAAUAAAUUGGACUCCAAAUCUUCAAGUCAGAUAGAUGAUAAUGUAACAAAAAUACCAGAGGGUACUGCACAGAGCCUUGGCACUGAAAAGAAACCUGUCAGUUUGUUUGGUUCACCAGAAGAAGAGGAUAUUUUUUCAAUUGGUAAGUCAAAUACAAAAUCAGAUCAACUGGAGAAUAGACCUAGUAACAGUUUGAAACCAAAUAUUUUGGGGAGCAUGAGUGAUGAUGAAGACAUUUUUAUCUCAUGUCCUAGACCAGCAAAGCAAAAGGAAAUUAAUGUAACGCCCACAGUGUUGUCAGAUAGAGAGCAAAGUGAAGUUAGAACAUCUUCAGAACAUACAAGUAUCAGAGAAAAGCAAGCAACUGUAGACAAGGAAAACCGAGUUUCUAAUUUGAAAGACUCAACACAGCCAACCUUGUCUAUUACAAAAGCACCUGUAGGAGGAGUAGCUCUCUUUGGAAAUGAUGAAUUGAGAGCUAAGGUGAGUGAGAGAAAGUCCAUGCUAGAUUCAGAACAGGAAAGUGCUAAAAUUACCAUUGAGAAAGCUUCAAAAGAAGAAGUAAAGAAGGAAAAAAGUGAUUUGAUAAGCAACCAGAUCCUUUUUGAUGGGGAGAGUGAUGAUGACAUCUUUGGAAUUAGCCAAGUAACGACAAAACAAACACGUUCACAUAUUCCAGGGAGAGGAAGCCCUCCACCAUUGCCUUCAGAGAUUUGUAAUGUGUCAUCUACCUCAUCACCAGAAAAGGUCUCCUCAACUGUAGUGGUACCUAAACAAUCUGACAGUCCUGACAAGAAAGAGAUUGAAGACUCUCCAUCUGUGGUGCAAAAGGAAGAAGAAAAGCAGGCGGAAAAAUUAGCCAGAGAAAAAGAGGAUGGAAUGAGGGCUGAUCCAUCUGCUGUAGAUGAUUCUAAAGAGUCAAAGAGGAAAGAAGAGUCCAGUGAAGAAAUAAAACCAAAGAAGAAGCCACCCAUAGGAGGAGUAUCCAUGUUUGGAGGGGGAGGCUUAGGUGGCAGUGAACUCUUUGCCAAAGUGACUCAGAGGAAGAGUAUGUUAGGAGGGUCAGAGAGUGAUAGUGAUGGAGAAUCAAAGAUUGGGGAUGCCAACACACUAACCCACUCAAUUGAAAUUAAGCAGGAAGAGAAAAAGGUGCCAAAGAUGUCUCCUGCCUCAAAAACAGUGGCAAACACUACAGCAACUGCAUCCACUCAAAGCUUAGGGGUCAGAAGACCUGAGGUGAAGUCUGGUGGCCAGGAGAAUAGCAUUAGUUUUGAUGAGCCAGUCACAACAAACACUUUGGAUAGCUUAAAUAAGAGCCGAGUAAGAGGAAGUGUUAAAAGAAGACCCCCAAGCAGAGCUCACAGAAAAGGUGCUGCAGGAGACAGUUCUCAGACCAUUCCUUCAGUUGCACAGACACCAUCAAAUAGAGUUCCUGAGCUAAAAGAAGCAAACACUAGAAAGUCAAAUGAAAAGGAUGCAGCAAUUGAAAGUUCAUCACAUAGUGAUCCUCCUGUUGAAGAUCAGCUCUUUUCAAGCAGUGAGAAUGAGGAUGAUAUGUUCAGAGGAAACCAAGCAAAAAAUAUAAAUAAAAUUGAGAGGAGUGUUCAAGUUCACCAAACAAGUGGGACAGAAAACAGGAUUACCAGCACGCUCAGCCAGCGAGUUGAAAUGCAGGGCGAGGUUGAAGAAGAUCUUUUCAGCAAACUACAAAGUGCCUCAUGUACUACAAAAACCCAGAACUUUGUAAAACCUUCCAGUAAGUCUCAGCCAUCAUCAUUGUUUGGAGAAGAUGACAGUGAUGAAGAUCUGUUUGGACCAUCAAACUCCAAAUUAUCACAUCAUAAAGCUACAGAGUCAGCUGUCCAGCAGGAGGUCUCUAAGAAAGAGAUCAAGCCUAUUGUUUCUCAGUCCCUCUUUGGAGAUGAUGAUGAUGACAUAUUCAGUUCAACAGGAACAGUAGGAAAAACAGAGGCUAGUGUAGUAAAAAAAAUGUCUACAUCAAAGUCCAAGACUAGUCUUACAUCAACAAGUGAGCCUUUUGAUGACCCACUUCUUGGCCCCCGAAAAUGAGAUUGAAAAAAAUGGGUUAAGAUAUUGGUGCUUUGUUUAACCAUCAUGUGUGCAGUAUGUGAUAGAUAUAUUCUGUGUGAUGUGAAGGUAUUAGCUACUGAUUCAUAUUUUUGUCAGGAUGCCUUGUGUAUACUUGCCCACAAUCAUACAUAUGUUACAACAUACACAAACACAUGUACAUACAUAUGCUGCAUAUGUAUAUAAAGUUAUGUUUUGUCAAGGAUGGUGUAUAUAUCACUUUUUUAUCUUCUAUAAUAUUGAGUCACCUUGAUUUUGACUUAUUAUUUUUUCAUAUAUCAUGAUUGAUAUUGUUAAUAUUGUAUUUUUAUUACAUAUGAUGUUACUGAUACUA